CACCAAAAUAUUUAAAAGAAUACCACGGCUGCACUGUGCAGUGAACGAAAGUGCAGUGUCAUAUUGCAGUCAGCAUUUCUGUGCGGUGCAGCUACUAGUCUAAUCAUAAGUUUUAAAUAUAGUUUGUCACACGAUAUGUCUUUCAAAUUCGUAUGAUUUGAGUAAAAAUUGCCAAUAUAAAUUAUUUUACAUGUUCAGGAUCUCCUAUUAAGGUGUCCCAAGAAGUAUAGCGUUUUCAGUUCACAACAUACCGUCAAGAAUGGUCCUUGUUAAGGUUGAAUUUGCUGUCCAGAUGACAUGUCAGAAAUGCGUAAAUAAAAUCAGAGAUAGUUUAAAUAAUGUGAAAGGAAUUGAAAAUAUAGACAUUUCACUGGAAAAGGAAACUGUCAUUGUAGAGACAUCUCUGCCCUCAUCAGAGGUACAACAGAAAAUAGAAUCUACCGGACGACGGGCUGUACUUAAGGGAUAUGGAGGAGGUGGCAACCAAGGUGCAGCAGUUGCCAUGUUGGGAUAUGCAUCAGGGUGUGGAUUUGGUGCAGUGAAAGGUGUUGUCAGAUUCUUACAGACUGAUGAGAAUAUGUGUAUUGUGGAUGGGACUCUGGAUGGACUUAGUGCAGGCCUUCAUGGUCUGCAUAUCCAUGAGUCAGGUGACAUCUCACAAGGUUGUGACAGCGUGGGAGGCCACUUCAAUCCUCGGAACACCCGACAUGGGAGCCCAGAUGAUGAGGAGAAUGAACGACAUGCUGGUGAUCUGGGUAAUAUCACUGCUGGUCCAGAUGGUCGAGCCACAUUUCGUCUUACCGACAAAGUUAUCAAAGUGUGGGAUGUGAUUGGGCGUUCAGUGGUAGUGACAGAUGGUGCUGAUGAUCUUGGUUGUGGGAACCACCCACAGUCAUUGAAGGAUGGUAAUUCUGGGCAGAGGUUGGCAUGUGGCAUCAUUGCUCGCUCUGCUGGCAUGUUUGAGAACUCUAAGAGAAUCUGUGCAUGUGAUGGUGUGACACUGUGGGAUGAAAGGGACAAGCCUCUGGCUGGACCCAGUCGGCGUACCAACAUUCCAGCGAAUAAUCUUUGAAAAUUGUAUUUAAUUAUGAAAUUGUUACAUAUGCUUUGUAAGUAAAAUGUUAUUUGUAAUUGUAGUACCUACUGUGAUAUGAAUGAAUAUUUUUGACAUCAGUUCCAGAAAGAGUAAAGUGAUUUCCAAGAUGAAAGUAUAAUAAAUUGUUCUAUUUGUAUCUGUAAGAACCACACAUUUUUAAUAUGUUUCUAUCAUCAUUGACAAUUUCAAAUUCCUAGCUCCAGUGGUUUAUUAGUUAUUACCAUCAAACCAGAAUCUGCAUUGCUAUCAAAAUGUUUUGUAUUUUAUGAGAAAUUACUUUAACCAAGGCUGAACAUAUAUUAAAUAUACCACACAACUUUUUGUUUCUUUUUUGUGAACAGAUUGAGACAAAAAUGUUACAAGCACCAGUUCAUUUAAUAUAUUAAAUUAUAUUUCAGUGUAAUACAUGAAGUAUUUUAUAAGUAGUGUAAGAAGGUGAUCUGUAGCUGUAUAACUGAAUGUUGAUAUGUUGUAUGUGUAUA